CUUCCAUUGGUAUCAUUUCAGCUCUUAAGAUUUUGUUUCUGCAAAGGAGGUGAAUGGUAGAGACAAUAUCUUUCUGUUUGUUGUAUUUUCUCUUGUGAGUUUCUGAAAUAGAAAUGUUUUUGCCUUUUUUUUUUUUUACAUGCUUGAAGAAAAAUUAAGAUUGUUAUGGCAGCAGAUAAUCUACAUGGUGUGAUGCUGAUUUUACUGUAAAUGAUGUAUAGACAGAGACAUGAAACAAAAAAUGUUGGGUGCUCCUUGAUAUGUAUGAAGAGCAUCAGCUGCUUCUAAGUGGGAAAAUUAGAAGGAAAGAAAAUGGUGGAAUCAGGAUCAAAUCAAAUCUGAAAAAUGCAUGUCAUGAUAUUUCGAGGAUCAUUUUUACUGUACAGAAAAAGUUCUAUCUCAAUGAUGUUCAACUCUUCCAAAUACCAGGGUGUAUCAUCUACUGAUCAUGGUUUGAAUCUAAUUGCUAUUAUGAUCCUUGCAAUGAUUUCCAGAACAAUUAAGAAGGGUAACUAGUGAUUAACUUUUUGACCAUUAACACCUACUAUAACCUGUUCAAGCUUGUUCUACCUUUGUCACUGUUCAUAAUUCCUUCAAGAUUUGAAUUGCUAUAAUAUCUGAGUUGAUUAAUGGUCGAUGUUUUGCUACUUGGAUAUUAUUUUGGUCAAUGGUUCUUGUUACUUACUAUCAUGCUCCAUUGUAAUCCAUCAUAGGAUCCAUUACAGGGAUGAAUGUUUUAAGCUAGGAAGUGCUCAAAUAAAGGAAACAGGGCCCUGAUAACAAUAACUUGGCUUCAAAAGUGCACAAUUGGUAAAGUUACAUGGAAAGAUCAAACCAUGGGGUGCAGGUGAUUAUGAGAUAUCUUUUUCAUUAUGAAAUAUUGUGAGUACAAUUGAUAUGACAUCCCUACAACUGAUGAUAUGAGUCAUGAUUCACAUGAUCAGAUGCCGACUCCACUUGGGAGGUCUAAUGUGAUUCACAUGGUUUCUUUUCUAGUAGGUGGACUCCCAGAAUGCCCAUCCCCUUGCAUUUCAAUCAUACCCUCGAUCUCAUCUCAUAUUUCAACUGUUCCUUCAUAUAAGCCCCACAUAUUACACUGAAAAAUAGUAGAUGUGAUAGAUAGGACUGACAAGAAUAACAGUUAAGAAAGUCUUAGGUAACUUGCAGAUGAAAGAUGGGAGAUGUGAGCUGUAAUUGUUAGGACUGACACAGAUAGUAUGGUCAAGCAUGUCAAUUUGACAUGAGAGAAAUGGCUCUCAGACCCUUCACAAGUUGCUUUUUCUUUGACAGAUUAAUUUUAAGAAUGUUUCAGCAUGUGAUCCAACAUCUAAUCCUUCGGUAGUCAGAUAUAGGAGAAGUAGACGACAAAAGAUGGAGGGAAAUCUAAAGCUGAAUUGACAUCUAAAGAAGCAAUGGUAUCCUGUGAGCCUCCUCCAAGGACCUCCAAACUUGUCACCAUGGAUGUGGAGAGUGUUCUUCACAUGAAAGAAGGGCUGGAUGAGGCCAGUUAUGCUCAAAAUUGUUCCCUACAGAAGAAGAGUAUGGAUGCCAUGAAGCAUAUCAUAGUGGAGUCAGCGGUAGAUGCUUACGCUUCAGAGAUGCCAGAAAGCUUCACUUUUGUUGAUCUUGGAUGCUCGUCGGGGAGUAAUGCCCUGCCUCUAAUCGGAGAUAUCAUCGAAGCCAUUCAUGUGAUGGCACGACGGUCAGCGAAGCCAGCACCAGAAUUCAUGGUGUUCCUCAAUGAUCUUCCAUCCAAUGACUUCAAUUCUAUGUUUCUGAGCCUUCCAUUGUUCAUUAAGAAGCUCAAAGAAGGCAUCGAGUUGCAUGGAGGCAUGGCUCCAUCUGUAUACUUUUCAGCAACUCCUGGUUCAUUCUAUGGCAGGCUGUUUCCAAGAGACAGUCUCAGUUUCAUCUACUCAUGCUAUAGCUUGCACUGGCUUUCCCAGGUUCCUCCAGGGCUUGUUGACAUCAAUGGCAGGCCAAUUAACAAGGGGAAGAUGUACAUAUCUAACACAAGCCCCCCUGUUGUUGCAUUAGCUUACUUUGAGCAGUUUCAGAAAGAAUUCAGCCUCUUUCUCAGAUCAAGAUCCGAAGAGUUACAUCUCGGUGGGCGAAUGGUUGUCGCGAUGUUAGGAAGAACAACUGAUGAUCACAGUGAUAAGAGCACAAGAGUCUUGUGGGAAGUGUUAGACCAGUCUUUUGCCAUUAUGAUCUCACAAGAAAUGAUUGAUGAAGAGAAGGUUGAUACAUACAAUGUGCCAUUUUAUGCUCCGUCGGCGAGGGAGAUUGAAGAUGAAGUGCACAGAGAAGGGUCUUUUACGAUCGAUUACAUACAAACUCAUGAGCUGAGCACAAGCACUGGAGAUCCUCUAAAGGAUGCCAGAAUCACAUCAAUGGCCAUUAGAGCCAUACAAGAAUCAAUGAUCAGCCACCACUUUGGCGAAGCAAUUAUCGAUACCUUGUUCCAUGUUUAUGGAGGACUGCUCAGUCAACUAAUGCUUAAAGAAGAAAUAAAAAGUUCUCACCUACUAAUUGUUCUAAGAAAGACACAAUGAGUGAAGAAAAAUCAAUCAUCAGCACAUAAAGUUACUAUAAAGUCAACUUUUUAUCUACAGGUCUUCAUUGUAUUCAGAUUGUAGAUGUACGAUUUACCAGUACA